AUGGUGUAUUCUUGGGACGACAAAGAGGCGCUAUGCUAUCAACUCUAUGUCGAGGAGCGCAGGAGUCUCGAGGAGGUCAUGUCGUACUUUGAGAUACGAGGGUUCACCCCAAGCAAGCGUGCCUUCCAGACCCAAUUCAAGCGAUGGGAGUUCCCCUCGAAGCAGAAUCCAGCGCACAAGAACACGGCCCUCGUCGCGCGACUCCAGCAACUAUGGGAACAGAACUAUACGCAGAAGGACAUGGUGGACACGCUACAGGCUGAGGGCUUCCAGAUCAACGACCGCGAACUGCUGCGCUUGCGCCUAAGGCUCAAGCUCUUGCUUCGAGAGAGCGUUUCCAGAUCGAACAAGACAAAGGCUGAUGGAGGGAGGAUACAAAAGAAGCCGAAGAAGAAGCCUACCAAGGUUGUGCCUGGGAGAGGUCUGAUCAACCAGCUUGGUAACGCGAUAUUGGCGGAGGAAUCUACGAGCGACGAUGGAAGCGAAGAAGAGCCCGCGACUGCUCAGGAAGAAGGAGAUGAGGGUGGGGCAUCUGUGGAAGAAGCGCGGCCUAUACUCCCCGAACCCGACAUCACAGGCUUGAGCGAGGAGGAAGUGCUACGCAAGCAACUGCGCCAGCAGCAGCUUCAGACCGAGAGCGACGAGAAAUGGCGGACACGCAAGCGAAGACGUCGAACACGCGGUUGGGCCGGAUUGCCAGCAGACGCACCCGGCGAACCUCCACGAUUCCCGUCCGAAACCACCAUCGACGAAGCCAAAGCAUACCUCGGUCUCGACAACGAUAUGUACCGGCAGGUUCGAGAGAGCUUUCUCCAGAUCUGCAAGGAGCAGGAAGUUACAAAGAAGACCAUUGCCGGUCCGGAGAAGUGGGCGCAGAUUGUACAACAACUCAUUCGAGAUGACGCGCACUUGACCCAAGUCUUCCAACAAGAGCCAGAGGUGCUACAGAACGUCGACGCGCUCUUCCGUCCGAAAGGUCAGAGAGCGCUGUCACUCGACGUUAUCUGUCUGGACGUUACAAAGCGCUUACGAACGAUGGAUUCACGCAUGACCCUCGCCGACGCAAAGAACCUCCUUGGUCUCAACCCCGAGCAGACGCGACACGUCCGAAGCGCCUUUGCCGACAAGCUGAAAGCAGCUCAUUUCUCAAACAAGCACGAAGCUGGUGAGGAACGCUGGACAGGGUUGAAGCAAGCGUGGGUCAACGAGUCCGAGUUCCUGGUGAAGGCGCUCGCACAAGGGGAAGACGAUCCAGAAUACGCAAGGAAGUUGCGAGCUCUGGAAGUCCUGGCCCGAGACGUGAUGAAGCGGCAACAGCAGGAAAAGACCUCCAGAGACCCCAGCAAGAAAAAACAGGUUCAUCAGGGCCCGGGACCAGGGCCUGCACCGCCGGUCGUCGCUACGCAUCCGACGAGCAUGGGAAAUAAGGGGAGACAACACAGUAGUGCUAGUCGAAAGGCUAUAACACAGACUCCAUACACCGCCACGCCCUCCUUAUCCACAGCUUCAGAUCUCCAAAUCGACCCAUCUCUCCUCCUAGCCGCCAGCGACGCCGCAGUCCUCCCCAUCCCCUCCUAUCAACCUCAACACCACUACCAAUCCUCCCACUACCAACCAGCAUCCCAGCACAACCACCAGCACAACCACAACCACAACCACAACCACCACUACCAACAACCCUACUACCCCGCCACUCCUCCCAUCCCCACGCCCCUCCCGGUCUACUUCCGCCUCCACGCCCACUCCUCAACCCCCUACCCCACGCGCUCCGUCUGGCUCUCCAUCCUGCAAACUCCCUCCCUCAACGCACUCCGCGACUUGGCGAUGCGCGAACACCCGGGUACUGUUGUGCAUAAAAUGCAGGGGUUGGUUGUACAUAGAGGGGGGAGGGCGGAGAGUGAGGUUGUGGUUGAGGUUACGGAUGAUGAGGAGUUGGGUGCGUAUUUGGGGCUUGUUAGAAGGGCGGGAGGGGAGGAUGGGGGGCAGGGGCAGGGGAAGGCGACGUUCGUUGUGUUGUUGGGGAUGGGUGGGGAGGGGGGAGGCGGGUUUGCGUAG